AUGAUCAAGGCGUUCAAACCGUUGGCCGAUCGUGUGCUGGUAGAGCGAUUUGCUGCGGAAACGAAGACGAAGGGUGGUAUUAUGAUCCCGGACAAAGCACAGGGCAAAGUUCUCGAAGCAACGGUUAUUGCCACCGGCCCUGGAGGACGUGAUAACAAGGGCAAUCUUAUCCCGAUGAGUGUCCAGCCUGGUGAACACGUGUUGCUUCCGGAAUAUGGUGGUACGAAGGUGGUGGUCGAUGAGAAAGAAUAUCAUAUUUUCCGAGAAGCGGACAUCCUUGGCAAAUUCGAGAACUGA